AUGAGAGACUUUGGAUCAAUAUGCGGGCAGACUCUCACCGGAAUGUCCGUCAACGUGAUCGCCAGCAUAGAGCAGUUUUGCGACCUCGACAGAAUGCUGUUUGAAGAGGCCGUGGGACGACUCAAGGCCUACGAAGAACUGUUCGGUACCGGUGGCAAUGGUGAUGCUCAAUUGCUUCUCACUCAGGCCGAGUGGGAGUGCAAGGCUCCCAAAAGGAAGGAGGAAGCGCAUCUUACACAAGCUGACGACACCGAACCAGCCCUGCUGCUUGCAGAGUUGGAAGAAGUGGUGCCUGCAACACUUGAGAGACAAGAAUGGCAGGAACGACAGGAAGCCGUCAUGUUGAAUGAAGAGCAAGUAUGGCCCGAACUGCAUGGGACCGAGCACGGUAAGGAAACUACCGACAUCUGGUACUUGGAUAACAGUGCCAGCAACCACAUGACCAGAGACAGGGUCAAGUUUCGGGAGUUGGACGAGGCAAUCACCGGCAAGGUGAAGUUCGGCGACGGCUCAUCGGUGCAGAUCAUAGGUAAGGGUUCAAUUCUUUUUAGAUGCAAAAAUGAUGAUCAAUGGCUGCUCAAUGAAGUAUAUUAUAUUCCAAGGCUUCGCAGCAACAUCGUGAGUCUCGGACAACUCACUGAGGCAGGCCAUAAGGUGGUUAUGGAUGAGGAUGAACUGGAGGUGUUCGUCAAAAAUCCAUGGCUACUGAUCAUGAAUGUGAGACGCACGCCAAAUCGUCUCUGUCGCAUCGAGCUGCAGAUUGCAAGGCCAGUGUGUCUCCUGGCAAACCUCGAGGAUCCGUCAUGGUUGUGGCAUGCUCGUCUCGUCCAUGUCAACUUUCAAGCAAUGAAGAUGCUUGUAAACAAGAAGAUGGCAACCGGGGUACCGCCGGAUCACUCAUCCCGCUCAGUUAUGUCAAGAGUGUUUGGUGGCGAAGCAGACGAGAUAGUCGUUCCCGUCGGCAGCCAACUAUCGAGCGAAGGAGCCACUCGAACUCAUGCACGCUGA